AUGAGCACUCCGAAAGAGCUCAUCUUCCGGAGCGCUCUUGUAAUGAGAGCUCCGAAAGAGUUGUUCUUCCGGAGCGCUCAUCAAAGAGCGCUCCGAAAGAGAUGUUUAUCUUCCGUCACUGUUCGCUGUUCCAGAUCGUCGUCCGCCGCUGUUUGCUGUUCUAGAUCAUCGUUCGCCACUGUUUGCUGUUCCAAAUCAUCGUCUGCUGCUGUUCGUUGUUCCAGAUUAGUGUUCAUCACUAUCUGUGCGGCUGCUGUACAUCAAAGGAAGCGACGCCGUGAAGACCUCCAUUGCAGCCGUGUGUCAUUGCUGUACAGCCGAGGAAGCAACACCGCAAAGACCUCCGUUACUGCCGUGAAGACUUUCGUUUCUGCCGUGAAGACUACACUGUUGCAGCAGUUUCGCUUGGAACUUGAUCAUAGGUUCCAUAAAGAGGAUAAAGAUGAGCCGGAGACUUCCUCUUCUAAAGGAAAGAAGCAUAAGAUCCCCAGCGAUGAUGAGGAGUAUGAAGAACCCCCUUCUCCUAAGGGAAAGAAAUCCUCAAAGCGUGGUGUUGACUUACCGGACCAAAAAGUAAAGUAUCCUUCAUUCAAGGGUAGUAACAAUCCAGAAAAAUACCUUGAUUGGGAAAUGAAGAUGGACCAAAUCUUCAUGACUCUUGAUUUGUCUGAGUCAAGGAAGGUAAAAACUGCUUCUUUGAAUUUCACUGACUAUGCUGUUUAUUGGUGGCAAGAUUUACAGUACAAAAGAAGCCAACUUGGGAAAAAGCCUAUUAAAACGUGGGAGAAGCUUAAAAGGUACUUGAGAAAGGCUUAUGUCCCCAGCUACUACUAUACAGAGCUGAAUAGAAAAUUGAGAAUGUUUUCUCAAGGAUCUAUGACAGUGGAGGAGUAUGUGCAUGAGUUGAAUAUCUUGAAGUUUCGUGCAAACAUUCAAGAAAAUGAACGUGAAGCAAUGUCAAGAAUUAUGGAUGGCUUGAGGCCAGAGUUGAGAGAUAAGCUUGACUUGUACACUUUUGUGGACAAGGAAGAGCUCAUACACAAGGCUAUAAAGUUGGAGCAGAGAAAUAAGAACAAACGUUCCAAGUCCUCUUGGAAAGACUCCAAGACAACUUCCAAAUGGAAGGAUUCCAAAGCCAAAGAUACAUCCCAGGCCAAGGAAGAAAUAAAGACCAAGUAUGAGGGUAAAACUUCUAACCCUAAACCUUCUUCUUAUUCAUCUAACACUUCUCCUAUUAAGUGUUUCAAAUGUCAUGGUGUGGGCCACAUGGCGAGAGAUUGUAGCAAUAAAAGGGUUAUGAUCUUGAGAGAUGAUGGUGGCUAUGAUAGUGUGCAUGAAAGUGAUAAAGAUGAUGCUGAUAAUGUUGAUGAUGAUUCUACCUCCCAUGAAUCAAAUGAUGAGCUUGAAUGCAAUGGUGUAGUUGACUCUAUCUUGGUGGCAAGAAGAGCUCUCAAUAUUCAACCAAAGGAGGAUGAUGAACAUGAGCAACGCGAGCAUAUUUUUCACACUAGAUGCUUCAUCAAAGAGAAAGUGUGUAGCAUGGUAAUUGAUGGUGGUAGUUGCACUAACGUCGCUAGCACUUUACUUGUAGAUAAAUUAUCUUUACCUUUAAUUCCACACCCUAAGCCCUACAAAUUGCAAUGGUUGUAUAGGGCUAACCCUGAAGAGACUAAGGAGAUCCAGCGCCAAGUAGAGGAAUUGAUGAUGAAAGGCUUUGUGCGUGAGAGCCUUAGCCCUUGUGCUGUCCCUGUUAUCUUGGUGCCAAAAAAAGACGGAUCUUGGAGGAUGUGUGUUGAUUGUAGAGCAAUCAACAAAAUCACUGUAAAGUAUCGUUACCCUAUCCCUAGACUUGAUGAUAUGCUUGAUGAAUUACAUGGUGCUUCUAUCUUUUCUAAAAUUGAUCUUAGAAGUGGUUAUCAUCAAAUUCGUAUGAAAGAGGGUGAUGAAUGGAAAACUGCCUUUAAAACUAAAUUUGGAUUAUACGAAUGGUUAGUUAUGCCUUUUGGUUUGACUAAUGCUCCUAGCACUUUUAUGGCAUUAAUGAAUCAUGUUUUUAGAAAGUUUAUAGGCAAGUUUGUUGUGGUUUACUUUGAUGAUUUGAUUUAUAGUAAAUCUUUGACUGAUCAUAUGAAUCAUCUUAAAAAUGUGUUUGACAUCUUGAGGGAAUAAUUAUAUGCUAAUUUUCAAAAGUGUUUCUUUUGCAUGGACUCUGUUAUCUUUUUGGGAUUUGUUGUUGGAUCACAGGGAAUUCGUGUAGAUGAGGAGAAAGUUAAGGCUAUUCGUGAAUGGCCAACCCCUAAGAAUGCAAGUGAAGUGAGAAGCUUCCAUGGCUUAGCAAGCUUCUAUAGGAGAUUUGUUAGGGAUUUCUCUAGCAUUGCUGCCCCUCUUAAUGAACUUGUUAAGAAGAAUGCGACCUUUAAAUGGGAUAAAACACAAGAAAGGGCCUUCCAAACCCUAAAGGAUAAAUUGACAAAAUGCAGCACCACAAAGAUCAAGAAGGGUAUCUCGGAUGAAGAGCUUGCAGUUGUCAGAAAAGCCUUAAGGGGUGGCUAUCAUAUAGUGCCAUCAGUGAAUAUUUUCAAUUUGAGGGAAUGGAUUUUGGGAUCUGGUGGUCAUAUGCAGUUAUUGGGGUAG